AUGAAGCAUUUAUUCUGGUCAUAUGUACUGCUGAUUUUAUCUGUCUACAUUGCAAUGAUAGUUGCAGCACCAGAUAAAGGCGACAAAGGAGAAACGGGACCUCCUGGACCGGAAGGACCCAAGGGAGUCCAAGGAGACAUGGGUCCGACAGGUGGAACGGGACCAACAGGACCUCCAGGAAGCGAUGGAGCAGACGGACCGCCAGGCACGAAGGGAGCCCGAGGAAGUAAGGGAGACAGAGGAGGAACAGGUUCAGCUGGACUACAAGGACCAAGAGGAUCCACCGGACUAAAAGGAGAAAAGGGAGGAAAAGGUGUUCAGGGAACGCCAGGACAAUUUGGAAGAGAUGGCAGGGAUGGACGUGCUGGACGGGACGGAGAUAAGGGUGAACAAGGAAAUAAUGAUAGGGAGACUAAAAUCUCAAAGGAAGUAAUUUAA